AUGCUGCCCACUGCACGACCACUUUUGAAGGUGUCAGCAUUACUACCUCAACGCACAUUGGCUCCAGCAUCACACCGAUUCUUCUCAUGCACAACACAACGAUGGAAUGAAGACCAGCAACAACCACCUGCCGAUCAACAACAACAAGGCGAGGAAACCGCUGCUCCUGCUGCCGAAGAGGAACAGGCUGAACCUAUCAAGUUAUCGCGUAGACGACGACGUUUCCAUGAGUGGGUAAAGGAUGGUAGCGGUGCACGCUUUGUUCGUCCUUCGCAGGGUACAACCAACUAUUUGGGCAGUACGCCAUUCCCCAACAAUCCUCUUUUCCAACCUCGUCCACCACUCUCAGAUCAACGUCGCCAAGAGAUUUAUGACACAUACGCUUCAGAUCCUCAAGAAUGGUCUAUUCGUAAACUUGCAACAAAGUACAACAUUUCAAUGCGUCGUGUUGAAGCUAUUCUUAAGCUCAAGGAAUCUGAAAAGGAAUUGGAAAUGAAGGGCGUUGCAUUGCAAAGCAAAUUCUCCAAGGGCAUGGAGAAGCUUAUGGGUGCUGAUCAAACAGUACAAAUUCUUCAGGAACCACUUGUCGACUUGUUCCCCAAGGUUAAGAAGCCUACCUUCAAGUUGGUUGAGGAACAUGAGUCAUUUACAGAGAAGGAUGCCGCCAAGGAACUCAAUCGUAAACCAAUCCGUCAACUUGAGGAGAAGGUGAUUGCUAUGGAGGAAGCCAAGUUUGCCAAAUCCCGUAUUGCAUCUGAAGCCAUCAAAUCCACUACUCCCACCAGCAGCAGCAAACAAAAGCGUUUUGUUAUUGUAGACACCAGCCGUUAG